CGCAGGCGCUGUUUUCAACACACGGCAACUUCCAUACUGCGCUGAUACAUGCUAACUAGCUGAAUCAUUUGCUUGAAGUCUCCCUUACUUUCCUGUGAUUCUACUUGUAUUGGGGUGCAAUGGCGGCACGAUAUGACAGAGCUAUUACUGUCUUCUCUCCCGAUGGUCAUCUCUUUCAAGUGGAGUAUGCACAAGAAGCUGUAAAGAAGGGUUCCACAGCGGUUGGAAUCAGAGGAAAGGACAUUGUUGUCCUCGGUGUUGAGAAGAAAUCUGUCGCAAAGUUGCAGGAGGAGAGGACCGUCCGUAAGAUAUGUGCUCUGGAUGAGCAUGUCUGCAUGGCAUUUGCAGGUCUGACAGCAGAUGCUCGUAUUGUGAUAAAUAGAGCUCGGGUUGAGUGCCAGAGCCACAGGCUAACUGUUGAGGACCCAGUCACAGUGGAGUACAUCACACGCUACAUAGCGACACUGAAACAGCGCUACACUCAGAGCAACGGCCGCAGGCCAUUUGGCAUCUCUGCAUUAAUUGUUGGCUUUGACUACGAUGGGACUCCCAGGCUGUAUCAGACAGACCCAUCAGGAACCUACCACGCCUGGAAGGCAAAUGCAAUUGGCCGUAGUGCAAAAACUGUGAGGGAGUUCCUGGAGAAGAAUUACACAGAUGAAGCCAUUGCUGGAGACAAUGAGGCAAUCAAGUUGGCUAUCAAAGCUCUGCUUGAGGUUGUCCAGUCAGGAGGGAAAAACAUUGAACUUGCUGUUAUCAGACGGAAUCAGCCACUGAAGAUUUUGGAAUCCAAGGAAAUUGAGACCCUCGUGGCUGAGAUUGAGAAGGAAAAAGAGGAAGAGGCAGAGAAGAAGAAGCAGAAAAAGUCCACUUGAAGCAGUUAACCAAGUUUUUUUCAUUAUUGCACUUGGAUGAAAAUAGCAGAUUUGGGUUGCAAAUAUUAGACCUUGAUGGGUUUACUCGUUUAUUCCAUUGUAAAGAGCUAAAUCUUAACUUGAGAUCUUUUGAUCUGUUCACAUGUUUUGAACACGUUUCUGACUUGUACUUUACCAUUUACACACAAUAUCUAGUCCUUACAGUUCCAGCUAUUGAGUUGACUGAUGUUUAAAACCAGACACACACAGAUCUCAAGUUGAGGUUUAGAUCUUAAACUUGACCUGCAGGAUGUUUUUAUAUCAUUUACCAAACAGCUCUGAUGGUGAUGAAUCUCAAAUGUUGUAAUAAACCAAUGGCAGUCAAACACAUAAUGAGGCAAAAUACUCAAUAAAAGCUCACUUGUUUGUAACG